AUGUCAACCCCAGAUAUAGACCCAUAUGGCGUACUCGGCGUCGCCAAUGAUGCAACAAUUGCCGAAAUCAGAGCCGCUCAUCGAAAGCGGGUACUCAAAUGCCACCCGGACAAGAUCCAAGACGUGUCACAGCGGAAUGCCGCCCAAGAUGAAUUCCAGAAAGUCCAACAAGCCUACGAAUUGCUCUCAGAUGAUACUCGCAGGAAGAAACAUGACGAGAAAGUCAAGAUAGCCGAGCUCAAGCGCAAGUUAGCAGAAGCCAGACGGACAGACUCGGCAUACAAUUCCUCCCGCCCUGGUACCAACAAUCGCGAAUACCGCAAUGGCUAUAUCGUGGAGGAGAGGGUUCCGAUGGAAGUUUAUUUCGAGGAGGCAAUGCGAUUUACAGAAGAGCCACGAUCAAUGUCCCGGAAGUUUGAGGAAAUGGGCACCCGCAAGCCCAAAUCAACGCCUACAGAGGAGAAGAAGAAGACUCGAACCCCGAUGAGCAGUGGCGUUCGCGCCGCCAAGGAACAACGGGAGACUACCAAAGCCACACAUUCCGACCGCGCAAAGACACGCGAUCAGGAGCGACGACGUCAGACCGAGGCCAAGUUCGAGACGAAUCAUCUCGAUUCCGACGAUGAUAUCUCGGACCCCAGCCCCCCAAUUUACAGGUACGAGAGGCGACAAAGUUCAACACCCCGGAGAGACCGGGAAGAACGGCAAUCGCGAUCUCGACCCUCGGAAUUUUCACAUCGCCGGGAACGCCGCUUCGAUGAUGAAUCCGACCUCUCCGAUAGCUGGAAAGCAAAGCUCGACGACAAGACCUUAGAUGCGGAGAAGUACAUCGGUCGGUCCUCCAAGUCUCCACGCGCCUUCCGUGGUUACGACUCGACGGAACCAGAGUCCUCCGGUUCGCGCUCCGAAAGACGUCCCCCGCGUCGCUCCGAGUCGCGCAACGACCCUUAUGAAAACAUGUCUACUCCCAGAACCCACGAGGUCAAGCCACCCAAGAUGCCAUCCGCCACAACCUCUCCAGGCAUCAAGGGAUCUCUUCGUCCGUUCCUCGGUGCCCGCUCCCAAACCACCAGCACUGGCUACGUCCGCGCCAAGACAGAUAGUCGUGAAAGUCGCGAUAGUCGCAAGGCUCGCGAUUCAACCCUCUACGACAUGGCGCACGAAGCAAUGCCACCACGCACGUCCAAAAUGCGUGAGCGAACCGACUCGGGCUACUCCAGUCCCAACACCCCCGAACUUCCGCGCGGCACAUCCCCGAAGACCUCCCAGCGCUACAGUAUCCACGAGGCGCCAGACUUCCGCGUUGUCGAACCAAAGGCGCAGCACUACCGCCCGACCCGAUCUCCGGAGCGUGCCGAACGUGAACGUGAGCGCUCAACUCCCACACGCGCAACCCCCAAGCGGAGCACCACGUAUCAAUCAUAUGACUCGCCGCGUGUAGAACGAGAGCGACCUUCGCGGACAUCGACAUCUCGCACUUAUGGUGUCCAGUAUAUCACUCGUCCAGAGGAAAGUGGAAUCAGAUUUGCGAGAGUGUACGAUGCAGAUGAUGUUACCUACUCAAGACGGUACGAGGACGAAUACAAACGAUACACCCCUGACAGACGUCAAUCUGUCCGAUGA